AUGUCAGUGUUGCAGGAAACAAGUCCCAACCUUGAUUUGCUCGAGCGCAAAUCAAGUGGCAGCUCAUCGAUAGUACACAAGGAUAGCGGCUAUGAUAGCGAUGCUCCGAAUGCAGACCUGAGUGCUGUUCAAAGCAACGUCUCGCAAGAUUCUCAAGUUCUUUCGACUAAUAAAUUUGGAGAGGGUACGCUCUUCAAUCGAUUGCACAAUGACCUAGACAGCGCUGCCAGUGCCCCAAAACAAACAGGAUCCACCAGCAUAGAUUAUCUUCCUAGUAGAUCAAAUUAUGAGGAUACGGGGGUGCCAGACGACGACUUCACACCUACAAGCGAGACGCGGCUAGCUGACAAGAUUGCAUCAACAGGCCAGCUCAUCGAUGGUCAAGACGCUAUUUACGAGAGCUUGCAGAGGAGGCGGUCCAUUCGGAAACUGAACUUUUUUGAUAGCGCGUAUUUGAACAAUGUCGAACAGCUGAAAAUGUCGCAAAUGGGGUUACUGGUGCGGCUUGCACGGGAUAAUGAGCAGUCUUUUUCGGAAUUUCAAAAUGUUUGGACGGACUACGAAAAUAAGGAGUUUGAUAUUAAUGAGAGUAAUUUUUUCAACGCAAUGGAAGAGAAGAACGAAGCCGCAGAAGAGCAAAUCGAUGCUUUGAAACAGCAGAUCUUGAACAUGGAUGCAUACACCAAACAGCUCUGGGAGCAAGCAAAGUCGUCCUGGAAGUCGGAAAAAUAG